CCUGACCGCAUCGUUCCCUCCUUGCUGCAGGUUUGUAACUGUCUGAUGCUAGUGGUUGGUGUCGUCCUCAACAGUUUGGCUCUUUAUGUUUUCUGCGGGACCUCCAAUCGUUCCUCAGCCUCUGUGGUUUACACCAUAAACCUGGCCGUCGCUGACCUGCUGGUGGCGCUGUCGCUGCCCGCCCGUAUCGCCCUGUACCAUAGUGGUGGCAGCUGCGUGGCCUGCUCCUACGUCCACACCUUCAGCUACUUUGUCAACAUGUACUGCAGCAUUCUGUUUCUGACCAGUAUCUGUGUAGACCGGUAUCUUGCUGUUGUCCACGCCGCCAGCACUCUACAUCGAUGGAGGACAGCCGGAGCAGCCAAGUGCGUCAGUGCCACCGUGUGGUUCAUUGCAGUUGUGGUCACCUACUCUUUCCAGACCACAGCAUUAAAUUUCAGCUCCUCCUGUGUGCACCUCCCUACUCACUUCUACCUGACAGUUCUGGAGUUCCUCCUCCCCAUGCUGGCCGUGGUGGGAUUCACCCUCCGCGUCGCCUGUUUCCUCUCCUCCAGCCACGGACUGAUGCCUCAGCGCAGCAGGGCCAGGAGGACUCGUGCCAUCAGGCUUUUGGCCACCGUCCUGGUGGUUUUCACCAUUUGCUUCACACCGUUCCACCUCCGUCAGAUGUUGGUCUACUUCCAGGUAAGACUGGUAAAAGGAGGUGAUGGGCAGCUUGGGCCGGGCCAUGUGCUGGCCUAUCACAUCACAGUGAGCCUGAGCAGCCUCAACAGCUGCCUGGAUCCUGUGGUGUACUGCUUCGUGACAGACAGCUUCAGGAGGAUGUGGAGGACGAGGAGGAGGACGAGGGGAGGGGGAGACGAGGACAAAGAGGCGAAAAUUUCAAGCGGCGGAGAAGGGGAGCAGACUUCAGUCAAGAAAUGUUCGGGUACGGCCCUGGCGAUAGCUCAAAGCGUGGCUACACUCACUCUCAGCAGCACAGUGAUCUCUGCAGCCAACAUGAACCGGUCGGCUUAGAGAGGAGGUCUACAAAGAUGAAACAUUCUUGACCAGAACCUGGAGAGAAACACUCAUCCAGACUCAAGGAGCGAGAAGGAGAGGACAUAAUAAUCACAGGUCCUUAUCCUCAUUCACCACUGAAUGGUGCUGCAGGGUUAUUUUAGAAUCAGCUCUGACCUUAUCACUCUCUCAGGUAAACACCAGAGUCAAGUCCAGUUAGAAAUGGCAAGCUCACCACGUUAAAAAAGAAUAGAUAGAGCACUCUAAGUGCAUUCGUGAUUUUAGAUGUUUAGAGAGCAUAUAAUAGAUCAAACAUGAUGUUUAAAACUGUCUAGAGCAACUUUAAAUAUCUUAAAUAAGCGUUGGACAGGAGAAGAAAUAUUAAAGAGUUUAUGAGCAGACAGCAGCCUCCACCUUCAUCGACACUGCUGUGUACAAAGCCAUGAAAAAUAAUUCAUCUUUUAUUAAGGCAGUAAGAAUAAAGAGAUGUGUAAAAGAAUCAGGAGAUAGAAGAAAAAUGUAUGUAAAAACAGAUGCAAAACAUACAAAUGUGGAAAUAUAAUGAUAAACACAACUUUUUGGAUGUUUUUUAUUUAUUUUUACAUAUUUUGAAUAUGUUUCUCCCACUCUUUUCAGGUGUUGUUUCCUUUUAUAUUAUUUCAAUGUUACCAGGAUAGCUUUGUUUGCUCUCAAUGGGUAAACGUUUAGUGCAAUGUUUACUGACUCAGCUUUUACUUUUAAUUUAUUUUUUUAUCUGUUUUGCCUUUGGCAUGUUGUAUAUUCUGACAAAUGUAAUUUAUUUAACCUAAUCAGAAUUUUAUAUUAUUUUCCAACUCAUAAGUACUGUUUAAUUCACAUACAACAAACCAUAAAUAAUAAUAAUAAUUUUACUUAUUUUAUUUGCUGAGGAGGGACAAUAAUGCAUUAAUUAUCAUUUUGAACAACACAAAUGUAAAAAGCACCUUAGGCAGAUUUCCAUUGUUUGUCUCCCUGCCAGAUGGAACAAGCUGAAUGACCAAUUUUACUAAUAAUAACAAUAAUAUGUGCCAAAUGAUGCCCUUUAGUGAGUGUGCAUGUGCCUGGUUGUUUAUCCUGUGUGUCCCAGUAAUGGACAGGUGACCUGUCCAGAUGCUCCUCGCCUCUCACACCAGCCCCCCCCCCCCCCGUAUCCCUGCAGCUGGAUAGAUGGUGGAUGGAUGAAUAAUAGUUAUAUUAAUGGAUAGUAAUAAAGACAGAAAGAAAAACAAGAAAACAAAAUAGGAGAAACAAUGUUUUUACUAUAACUAUAUUUUUAAGUGUAAAGAUUUUAUAUCAAACAUUUAUUUUCUUAAAGUUUCACAUUUUACUUAAUUGAUUUUUUUAUGCAUUUUAUUCUCCAAAACCAAAGGAAAAGCAGGUUACUAUAGUUCAUUUGCCAUAAUGUCAGGGCUCGGUAAACUUGUACGUCAGAACCUCUCUCUCUUUCUCUCACACUGACAGAGUUACCAUCAGCAGGACCUGCUGUCACAUGAAGAGUCUAGGUCAGACACUCAAAUAUCCAGAGCAUGGGUUUCAGGUUCCCUCUCUGGUUUCCCUAUAGCACGAACUGAUGGGAUCGCAGACUGUGUGCGGGUUCGGAAUCUGCAAAACAAAGAUUUUCUUGCUUUUGUUGUUCUCUCACAGCAUUCUUACCCAGCUGCAUCAUGGGAAACAAGUCAGCUGCUACCAAGAUGCCGAAUUAAAACAUUUUUGAUCAGAGAUAAAUAAAAAAUCAAAACGUAAAUCCUGAUAAUGCAGAACAAAAGGUCUCUGAAUCAGCAGUAAAUACUUUACUCAUCUAGCAAGUAGUUCAGCAUCUCUUAUAUUAUUCUGCAAUCCAAAUCUCUGUAAUUCUGAAUUUGAUAAAAAGAAAUGUCAUUUAUUGUCCUAAAAUCUAAAUGAAUCAUUAGCCUACAAAUUCUUUCCUAACAGAGAGUAUAUCAAAACUAUAUUUACUCAUUGUAGAGUUUAAAAACAUAGCAAUGAUUGGUGACAAACAUUUCGUUUCGUGCUUUUACUUAUUUUUUGGUCAUUUUACAAAACAUGAUGAAGACAAAGAAAAUGUAGGAAAUAAUAUUUAUAACAGUUUUUGUUUAUAUUUCAGGAAUUAAAAUAUAAAUACACUUUCUGUACAACUGAACAGGUGCAAACAGUUAGCGGGGUUGAAAUGCAACAAUAAAUCUCACAUUCAAACUUUUAUGUUUGCAUGACUAUUUGUUUUUGCCUCAUAUUUUGUGUUUUUUGUCAUGGAUCCUGCAUCUUUACAUGUGAUUAUUUUUGCUUUGUUAGGUUUUGUGUUCACACCGACAGAAACUGGUCCAAAAGUGGGAAGUAGGGGAAAACUUUUGACAACCUGUAAUAUACAUGGACAAAAAAAUCUGCUUAUAUGUCCAAUUUCUCAGCAUCUUGUGACAUUCUGCCUACUUCUCUGUUUUUGUUUUUUCUCACCACUUGUUCUUUAUUUCGGUUCUCUUUAGGAGCUGUGGUAAAUACAGAGAGAUGUAAAGAUGUAUGAUCAAGGCACAAUGCAUUAUGAUAUUUUCAGUGCAACAAUGUUCUAACUUAGCUUUUAUUAUUAAAAAAGCCAAUAUUGAGCAAAUUGGACCCUAAUGUUUAUAUUUAAGUAAGGGCACUUCCGUCUCUGUGCCCUGCUGUCCCAUCAAAUGUCUCUUCUCCAGGUCAACUUUUCGGGUCGUUACCAUGAAAAAGGUUCCAGCCAUUGAAAUGGUGCAGGUAUGGUAAUCUGACUGCUCUGGAUGUGUCUGAAUUCCCUCCAAAUUCAUGAAUGGGCUAGAAUGGCCUCCACCCUUUAACUGCUUAUCUGUUUUCCUGCAGUUUCAGCCUGUGUCAUUCCCUGUUACUUAAGACCUUUAAAUGCCCCAUUUGAUAUCUUCUUCUCACAUCUCUCAAAGCAAGUACUUCUCAUUAUUUGGCCCAGUAUCUCACAUUUGCCAAAUGUUCCCUUGUCAUCUUGCGCCUUACCAGCUGUCUAAAAUCUUGAAAAGGGUAAAAGAAUAUGAGCUAUAACAACAUUUAAUUUCCCUUUAGGAUUAAUAAAGUAUUUUUGAAUUGAAUUGUCUUCAAGCAACGCCAAACAUUUUUAGAUACUAGUGUUUGUGAAGAGUUUCAGUUUGGUUUUAAGGCCUGAGACAGCCCUUUUAAAAGUUUUAUUUCAGAUCUAUCUGCAGCCUUUGACAAUGUUCCUUUGCCUAGACUUAAACAUGUUACUCUAAAAGUCCCUGUUCUGGCAUGGUUUCAAUCUCAUUUGUUAGAGAGGUCUUUUUCUGUUUCUACAGGAGACAUCUUUUUCCGCCCCUACCUGUUGUGGUGUACCCCAAGGGUCGAUCUUAGGUCUUUUUUGUUUUCAUUUUACAUGCUGCCUUUAGGAUCGACAUUCAGGAAGUACAUUCCUCUUUUUUUAUGCUGAUGAUAUCCAAGAACAAUUUCCUUGUAAUUUGGAUGUAUCUGCCUCACUGCAGCCUCUACUGAAUUGCCUUCAAGAAGUAAAAGACUCGCCACAAAACUCUCUCCCAAAAUUGAAACUGAAGUCAUUGUAUUUAGAAAAUGUACCCUCACUAACGGAUUUAUUUGGUCCUAUUGCUUCUUAUUGUGGUUUUUUAGAUAAUUAUUUUAAAUUAGAGAAGUAAAAUCAGUUGUCAAGACCAGUUACAGACCAGAAACAUCAUAUCUCAAUCUCUAAAGCAAAAUCUUUUUCUUCAGUCCAAAGACUUUGAAAAACGUAUUAAUGCUAUCAUCACCUCAAGAUUGAACUACAGGAAUUGUCUUUGCAUUGGCAUUGACCAGUCAUCACUUGAUUGGUUGCAGUUGGUCCAACAUGCUGCAGUAACAGGUAUCAGAAGGCAUAAUCAUGUCACUGCAGUUUUUGCUCAUUUCCACUUGCUGGCUGUCCGAUUUCAAAUUGAUUUUUAAAUUAUUUUACUUACCUUAAAAGUCUUUAAUGGUUUUGCAUCUAUUUAACUAAACGGAUCGGGUCGUAUAUCCCCAAAUGAUCACCAGGAUUAGCCAGCCAGAUACUUUAAUGCAGCCUAGGUUCAAAUUAAACAAUUGGGGGAUUGGACUUUUGCAGUGGUGGCUCCUAGACACUAACUGCCUGCCAGAUGAUGCAGAGUCUGUACAUUUCUUCCAAUUCCUCCUAAAAAUGUACUUUUUUACUUUAGCUUUUAACUCUAGUUUGGUUUGAGUCCCAUCUGGUCUUUUACGUUGAGUUGUCUGCUUGUUAAAAUAAAAAUAAAAAACUUGUCUUUUUCAUUGAUUCUAUUGAAUUUUUUAACUCUUCUAAUGCUUUUUAAUUUUAUAAAGCACUUUGAUCAACCCUCUUUUUUUAAAUGUGCUAUAUAAAUAAUGUAAGUAAACAAUAUAUACUGGACCUGUUUGUCAUAUAAAAUGGCUUAAGGUGACAUUUGUUGUGAAUUGUGAACUGAAGCAACAAUCAUUGGGUGGGAAGGGCUUUUGGCCUUUUGAAUAAAACAUGAAAAGGAUAAGAGAGAAGUCGUUGAUUGUUUACUUCUUAACAGGUUUUAAAGGUGCGUUCCAUACAGUGUUCAUCCAGAGUCCUACUUUAUGAAGGAUCAAGCAUAUUUACAGAGAGAAAUAUACAUAUUUUAUAUAGAAAACAGAACUACUAACAAAAAUAAUCAUCUUUCUUUUAUAGCAGCAAAAGAGAAGAAACUAAAAGAGAAAUAUGAAUAUUUACAUCUUUUCAAUGAACAAGGCAUGUUAUAUAUAUAUAUAUAUAUUUUUUUUUUUUUUUUUUUUAUAGUCCACGGUGUUUCACUGCUUUCCCAUUCUUUAAAUAUUCAUCUCGAUUUAAUCUCUAUUAAAAUCAAAGUGUAUAGGCAUUUUUCUCCUUCAGUAUUACCGCACAAAACACUCGAGGCCCAGCCACACCGGUUGGACAAACUGACAGCUGCUUGCUGGAAUAACAAAAACAGCUUCACACAGUCUCCACAUUCAUGCAGCGAUCAGGAAAACCAACAUGGUGGCCACUAAAAAAGCUGAACUUUGCAUGUGGCUCUGACCCAAAAAAUUGAAGAACAAUUACAAAGACAGUAGAUAUUUCUAACAGAGACUCUUAUAUUUCAGUAUUGCAGCUGACAUUUCCAGAGUUAACUGUAAACCAGGCGAUUGCAAAAAAAAAAAAAAGAACAUGAACCAAAAACAAACAUUGAGAUGACAAUUUCUAAAGCCGUCUUUCGCUUCAAAUGUGAACAGCACACACCCCGACAGAGACACACACACAGUCCAGUUUACUCCUGUGACAUCUCCCAUGACACCAGAUAAAAUAGUUUUCAGUAGACAAAAGUUAAGCUAAGUGAAAAGUGUCAUUUACAGACACAAAAGUUCAAAAAAUAAAUAUUCAGUCAGUUCUGUCUUCUGCAACUCAACUCCACUGCAUUGUGUUGCUUCUGUUUUAUUUUUAAACUUCUCAUGUGCAAGGUCUGUGCAAUGUCAGCACACUCAUCCUGGCUUGUUGAACAUCCAAAACUAGAAUGAUUUCAGCUGAAACAGCUCACAUUCAUUUUAAGUCACAAGAUGGAAUCAAAGGUUAAGAACUCAAUCUCCCAGCAGGCCACUGAAGGGGCCGUGCUGUCUGAACAUUCAUCAAAAAGGCAAAAGAAAAACAACCUUGUAACACCUUCUCACUAUAUUGGAGCAGAAACACUCAACUUGCACUUCAAGUAUUUACAGCCUGGAGUGUCAUCAUUUUAAAAAAAGGAGCUUCAUGUUGCAUCUUGGCUGCUUGAAAGGUGACAACAAAUGCUGUCCGCCGCUUGUGCAAAACUAGGAAAUAAAAGGUCACAUGCUUCUUUAGAGUGCAGACCGAGCACAUGCCCAGCUCAAAAAGUGCAUGUUUUCACCCAAAAAAAAAAAAAAAAAACAA